GCCUCAUUAUUGUCGCCAUUACAGCGCGAGUCGUGGGCGCUGUGGCAGGGACGGCAGCGCCAGGCGCCUUCACCACCGAUCCCCCCGCGUCUCUCUCGCUCGCUCGUUCGCUCUCACGCGAAUAGCGACGGCGACUCGCGAGGGCGACCACAGCGAGUCGCCAUCAAAACGGCGGCGGCGGCGGUGGCGGCGGCGGAGUUGAGAGGAAAUUGAUCUCGCCUCUCUCUUUUUUUUAUUAGCCGUCCGUGCUAAACCUUUCGCUUGUCGAAUAAACACACAGCCGUAGUAGUAGUAGUAAACCAGUAAGUACUAACUAGUAGCAGCAGCAGCGGCGGUGGUUGGUUGGUUGUUGGCGGUAAAGACUGGUGGACUGCUAAAAGCGAGGAGAACCAAGAAUUCCUGCCGCGGGGCCCAGAGUCAUGCACGGAGCAUGACCGCCGCAAGCUGGGUGGCAAACGGCGCCAGUUUGGAAGACUGCCACUCCAACCUCUUCUCCCUGGCUGACCUGACCGGCAUCAAAUGGCGUAGGUACACCUGUGGCCUUGGGGCCUCGGGGCCUGUGAUUGCUGCGCCCGCGCAGGAAGACCCCAUCCUGCACAGCUUCGUGCGCUCGCUGCAGACCAACCUCCUGGCCGUGUGGCGCCGCAAUGGCAGUCCGGGCCUCAAGGAGCUGUGGGUUUACUGGUGGGGUGAUCAGCCCAACCUCGGGGACGUCAUUCAUCCUGAACUUAGAGGUGAAGAAGAAGGCUCCUGGGAUAAUGGACUCACGUACGAAUGUCGCACUCUGCUCUUCAAAGCCAUCCACAACCUGCUUGAGAGGUGUUUGUUCAACAAGAGCUUUGUUCGCAUUGGCAAGUGGUUCGUGAAGCCGUACGAGAGGGAUGAGAAGCCGGUGCAGAAGAGCGAGCACCUGUCCUGCUCGUUCUCCUUCUUCCUGCACGGGGACAGCAACGUGUGCACGAGCGUGGAGAUCUGCCAGCAUGCGCCGCUCUACCGCCUGGACGUGGACCUGCUCGACCUGGCCAGCGCUUCGAGCUCGCCCCUCAACGUGAUCCUGAGCCCGUACGGCCUGAACGCCGUGCUCACGGGUCAGGCGUACAAGCGCAGCGACGCCAGCACGCGCAAGCUCAUCGAGGAGUGGCAGCAGUUCUACCCCGUGGUGGCCACCAGCACCGUGGGGCCCGGCAGCAGCUCCGGCUGGGACGGCAUGAUGGGCGCCGGCGCGGCGUCGUCGGCGCCGGGGGGCGGAGAGGACGGAGCCUCGGAGCCCAUGCAGGAUGAGGACGCGCCCGUCGCGGUGGAAGUCCUCGUCGGCGGCGUGCGCAUGGUGUUCCCGGCGGCGCUGGUGCUCGUGCCGCAGAGCGAGGCGCUGCUGCUCGCCCCGCUCUACCCGCCCGGGGGCGCACGGGACCCCACGUCGUGCGGCACGCUCACGCCACCCACGUCGCCCCCGCACGCCCUGCUCGCCGACUACUGCGUGACCAUGCCGAUGUCGCGGUCGGGAGGGCCGGGCGGCGCGGCGCCACCGGAUGUGCCAGGUGGGAUCCCGUCGGCCGCGGCCAUUGCCGCGGCCGCGGCGGCGGCGCUGGCCGCCGGAGGCAGCAGCCCGGGGCACGCUGGCGAGAGCGCGCACAAGUGGGCCAACUGGAUGGUGGAGCACUCGUGGGAAGAGUACAACCAGGACAGGACGCCUCUCAAGCGUACCCGCGCGAUGGCGGGAUCGGACGACGACGCUGCGUCGAGCAAACUCACGUCCUGGGAUUUCCUGGAGCCGUCGAACCGAACGCCAUGCUGCUGCUCAAGGCACAAGGUGCAGAGGCAGCGUAGCGGCGGUGGGCAGCUGAGCGCACGCCCCGCUCCCCUCUCGGGACCCUCCGGACUCGGCGGCGGCGGGAGCUCGGGGCCGUUUGGCUCGCUGUCGCAAGGCCCCGGCGGUGGCUCCUCUUCCCUCCCCACUUCCUCGAGCUCCACCUCUUCGUCGUCCGGCUCCACCCUCCCCUCGUCCAAGCACAAGCCCUGCAUGGAGAAGGGCGACAAGGGGGGCGGGGGCGGCGGGGGCGAGCGAGGGACCCCCAAGGCGGCGCGACCCUUCACGCCGUUCCACCACCGGGCCGAGGAGAACGCCGCGGCCGGCGCCGGCGGCGCUGGUGGCGCCGCGGGCGCCGGCGGUGGUCCCGGCACCGGCUCGGCGGGUCUCUUGCUGCCCGAGCUCGAGGCCAUCGGGGGUGGCACCCCGAGGACCGCACACCAUCACCACCACCACCACGCCGGCAAGGCCGACAAGCUGUGGUCAGCCGGGCAGGCGGGUGGCAAGGCCGCCGACGGCGGCGCCGGAGGCUCCGGCGGCGGGCCUCCGUUGGCCGCCGAGGUGGUUCAGUCGCCGUCCCCCCUGCCCCCCACGCUGAGCCCGCAUCCCAGGUUAGGCCGAGACCUCGACGGCGUCGACGGCGUCGACGGCGUCAUGCAGGGUGGAGGCGGUGGUGGCGGUGGCGCCGCCUGCUCCGGUGUGGGAAGCGCCGGUUGCGUGCCCGCCGCGGUGUUCUACCCGCCCGGCGGUCCUGCGCACGCGACCCCCGUUUUCCACGGCGGCGAAGACUCCUCCUCCCUCAAGGCCGGCCUAGCGGCGACGGCGGCGUCAGGGCAGCAGCAGUCGCAGCCGCCGCUGCACCACCCUCACCACCAUCACCACCACCAGCAGCAGCAGCAGCAGCACCACGGCGGGUGCCACCUUGCGCUGCCGCCGGGCCAGGAGCUCGGAGAGACGGCGCUCUACGCGGGGCUGUGCCCCCCGCAGUCGCCCGCCUCUGCCGACACGCGGUCAAUGGCGGCAGGGGCGACGGUGCCGGCGUGGUCCGUGUACCAGCUGCCCUAUGACUGCGGGCCGGGCUUUGGGCCGCCCGGCUUGCCCAGCGGCAGGAGCAGGGAGCGGUGCGACGGUGGCGCCGGCGAGGACGGGGAGGGGGGCGACUGCCUCCUCCUCCUCGGAGGCGGCGACGACGACGAUGACGACUACGCGCAGGCGGAUGAGGCGGAGGCGCAGACCAGCAUGUUGCUCACAGCGCUGCUCUUGCAGCCAAGCAAGCGGCUGAAGGUUUGCGAGGAGCGGCUGCAGAUGCACCGGCAGAUGCACUCGCGCGGCGCCCACUCGCGGCACGGCGGCGCCGCCGACGCCACGGCCGACCCGUACGCCUUCAACGACGUCGACGACCAGAUCAGCAUCGGGCCCGGCAAGAAGGAGCGGCCGGGAGGCGAGCGCUCGGCCAGCAAGAGGGCGCACCCCGACCACCGGACGGAAGGUCAUGGUCUAGCGCCUGUGAUGAACUCCUGCCUGGAUAGCAAAGACGCCAUGUCCAUAUUUAGCCCCGCUCCCAAGUCCGCGGACACGAGGCCCCGCAGCAGCUCGACGAGCCUCAUGAGGGAGGUGGACCUGCGAGUGUCCUUUGAGGACCUUGAAAAUCUCUUUGACAACUCCUCGGAUGACGACAUGGGGGUAAGGGACGCACGGGGCCCAUUGCCAGCAAAGGCGGCGCCCCCUGGUGGUGGAGGCGAGGAGAGGCACGCGUCGCGAGAGGGUCGAAUGCCUCCAGCGCCUGCCCCUGCCAUGCCUCCCUGUACACUGAGCUCGGCCGACCUGCAGCGAAUGUUCCCCACGCCGCCGUCCCUGGAGCAGCACCCGGCCUUCUCGCCCGUCAACCCGAGCUGCAAGGACUACCUGAACCCGGACUCGGCGCCCGGACAGACGCUGCUCGACCCUCACGGUCCUCCCAUGGCUGCCCAGCCGGCGCCCUUCCGGCCGGAGAUCGAGGACGACAUGGGCAGCCCCAAACCCGAGGAGCUGAAGGACUUCUCGUUCGUGUUCCGCACCUCGAGGCUGCAGCCCUUCGUGGGCUCCUCCAUGUUCGCGCCGCUCAAGGCGCUGCCCAGCGGGUGCCUGCCUCCCGUGCGCGUGCCCGACAGCGCCAUCUACCGGCCCAGCUGGACGCUCUGCAAACUGGACCCGGCCAUGCACGCGCUCGCCGCUCCCUACAUACGAGACGUCAACCUUCCGAGCGUGGGCAGCCUGGGCGACCAGGACUACCUGCAGAUGAGCACGCCGCAGACCGGCACCCCGCUGGGCGGCGCAGGCGGCGGCGGCAGCAACGGCGGCGGUGGAGGCGGCGGAGGUGGCGGCGUGCUGCCCUCGCCGGCGACGCCGCGCUUCUCGACGCCGAACCCGCGCACGCCGCGCACGCCACGCACCCCGCGCGGCCCCGGCGGCCCCGCCAGCAUCCCCAGCUCCACCAACUACAACUCGGCGGGCGACCUCUACUCGCCGGCCGCGUCCACCCCCUCCACCUUCCGGCCCGUCAACUCGGUGGAGCCGCCCGCCACGACGGGGCAGGCGCUGCCCGAGGCGCACAGCCUCUACGUGACGCUCAUCCUCUCCGACACGGUGCUCAACCUCUUCCGCGACCGCAACUUCGACUCGUGCUGCCUGUGCGCGUGCAACAUGAACAUCAAGGGAGCGGACGUCGGCCUCUACCUUCCGGACCCCGGCCUGGAGAUCCAGCGCCGCUGCUCCUGCGGCUUCAGCGCCGUGGUGAAUCGCCGGCUGGGCCCCAACGCGGGCCUCUUCCUGGAGGACGAGCUCGACAUCGUGGGCGGCCCCCUCACCGAGUUCGGCCGCGCCGCCCAGCGGCGCCUCGAGUGCUGCGGCCAGACGGACGCCGAUGGCGGCCUGCGCCUGGGGGCGCCCGACAUCCUGGACUCCGCCUCGCAGGACACGGCCACCCUGGUGUCGCUGCUCGAGGACAGCUGCAACAACCCCUUCCCGCCGCUCGGCCUGGUCGCGUCGCCCUCGCCGCCGCCUCUCCCUCCGCCGCCGCUGCCGGGAUUGCCGGGCCUGUCGGCGUUGCCGGGCCCCGCGGCGGGGCCCGGCGGCGCCGACGCCCUGCGGCUCGACCUGAGCGACGGCAGCAGCGAGUGCGUGAUGGCGCUGGAGGCCGGGCGGCAGUACGUGGACAACCCGUCGGGAGGGCGCAUGGAGGAGACGGCCGUCAAGGGGACGCUGCUGCACCACUGGCCCGAGCGGCCCGCGGUGGAGGUGUCGUCGCUGUCGAGCCAGGACGUGGUGCGGCUGCUGGGCUCUCUGCAGCCCGUGCUGCAGGACGCCAUCCAGAAGAAGCGCACGGGCCGGUCCUGGGAGAACGUGCAGCACGUGCAGGGCCCGCUCACCUGGCAGCAGUUCCACAAGAUGGCUGGCCGGGGCUCUUAUGGAACAGAGGAGUCUCCGGAGCCGCUGCCCAUCCCGCACCUGCUCGUGGGCUACGACCGCGACUGCCUCAUGGUGUCGCCGUUCUCGCUGCCCUUCUGGGACAAGCUCCUGCUGGAGCCGUUUGGGUCCCCGCGCGACAUCGCCUACGUCGUGGUGUGCCCCGAGAACGACGCUCUGCUGCACGGAGCACGCAACUUCUUCCGCGACCUCAGCACCGUGUACGAGAACUGUCGCCUGGGCCUCCACCGGCCCAUCACCAAGGUGCUGCGCGACGGCAUCAUGCGCGUGGGCCGCUCGGCCGCCCAGAAGGUGUCGGAGCAGCCGGUGGACGAGUGGUUCUCGCAGAACGUGGGCCCGCCCGGCAGCGCCGCUCACGAGGCCUUCUGCAAGCUACGGCUGUUCGCGCAAGUGUGCAGGCAUCGCCUGGGCCCUCACCUUGCGACGCAACAGCUCGACAGCUCCCUGCUGGCGCAGUCGUCGAGCCAGCGUGCCCCGCCGCAGCAGCAGCCUGGUGCUUCGGCGGGGGCGGCCGCUGCCCCCGCCGCCGCAGCCACGGGCCCGAGCGGCGCCCAGGGCCCCGCGCAGGCCGACGCGAGCGGCGGCGCCGGGACCGCGGGCGGUGCUGGCGGUUGUGGAGCCGGUGCCGCCGGCGGUCCCGCUGGCGGCGGUGGUGGCGGGCCCAACGGCGGCGGCGGUGGUGGUCCCAACGGUGGCGGCUCGGCGGUGUUCCCCGGGUCGUCGGCUAUGCCCGGCGGGCAGCAGCAGCAGGCUUCGUCACAAGCGUCCGGAGCAGGCGCCUGCGCGCAGCCAGCGUCCGGGCAGCCAACCGGCAUGCCGUCGCUGUCGCAAGGCAUGAUGGGAAGCCAGUCUUCCUUGCAGCCUCCCCAAAACUUCCUUGGUCAGGGGUCGACUGGAGCAACGCAAGGCAUGAUGGGAGCCACGGCAAGCCACCACCAGGGCAUGAUGGGAAGUCACCAAGGUCAGACCCAGUCCGGAGGCGGCGUGGAGGUGGACGGAAGUUCGGCCACGUCACAACCGAUGGACGUCCCCGACAGCACCGGCACGGAACGCGAGCGCGAGCGGAUCGGCGUGCCCACGGAGGGCGGCUCGCUGGAGGUGCCGGUGCCGCCGGCCGUCGUGGUCUACAUCGUCGACCCGUUCACCAGCGACGAGGGCGACGACGCGGGGGCGGGCGGCGGGGGGCCGGACGACCCCGCGCUCAGCGCGUCCGUGUGGACGCUCGGCCUCCUGCGCUGCUACCUGGGCAUGGUGAAGCACCUGCCCAAGCACAUGCGCGACGCCAUGUGUGUGCAGGUGGUGCCGAGCCGCUACCUGCUGCAGCCGGUGCGCCUGGAGGAGCACCCGCUGCACGUGCAGCACCUCAAGUCGCUGGCGUUCAGCGUGUACGCGCAGUGCCGCCGCCCGCUGCCGCACCCCGUCAGCAUCCGCACGCUCACGGGCUUCGGGCCCGCCGCCGCCAUGGUGUCCACGUUACGCGAGCUCGAGCGUCCGGAGCGCCUCCAGAUCUACUCGCCGCCGUUCAUCCUCGCACCCGUCAAGGACAAGCAGACGGAGCUGGGCGAGACGUUUGGCGAGGCGGGCCAGAAGCACAACGUGCUCUUCGUGGGCUACUGCCUGUCCCACGACCAGCGCUGGCUGCUGGCGGCCUGCACCGACCUGCACGGCGAGCUGCUCGAGACCGCCAUCAUCAACAUCCACGUGCCCAACCGCUCGCGGAGAGGCAAGGUCGCGUGCCGCCGCUUUGGCCUCAACAAGCUGUGGGAGUGGUGCCUGGGCGUGAUGCAGCUCACCUCCAUCCCCUGGCGGGUGGUCAUCGGGCGGCUGGGCCGCGUGGGCCACGGCGAGCUCAAGGACUGGCACAUCCUGCUGGGACGGCGCGCGCUGCAGUCGAGCUCGCGCAAGCUGAAGGAGACGUGCCGCAUGUGCGGCAUCUCCGCGGCCGACUCGCCCUCCAUCCUGUCCGCGUGCCUCGUGGCCAUCGAGCCGCAGGGAUCCUUCUUCAUCAUGCCCGACUCGGUGUCGACGGGCUCGGUGUUCGGCCGCAGCACGACGCUCAACCUGCAGACGUCGCAGCUGAGCACCCCGCAGGACGCGUCGUGCACUCACAUCCUCGUCUUCCCCACCUCGGCCGCCAUGGUGCCCACGCCCAACUUCAACCCCGAGCACCUCGACUUCAACUCCAACAAUGAAGUGAUGGACAUCUUGGAGGAAGACAUCUUCGACCUGAGCAGCGUGGACCCCGAGCUGUCGCAGCUCAUCAACCUGCACCCUUCUCCCACCGCCUCGCCCGGCUCCCCGUCGGGGUCUCCCUCGGGCCCCCACGGGGACGCCCCCUACCAGCACGGCCAGGGGGCCGGCAAGCACCAGGGCGGCGAGCGGCUGCUGUCGGCCGAGUCCCACGAGGAGGUGACGAACCUCCUGCAGCAGCCGCUGGCGCUGGGCUACUACGUGUCGACGGCGCCCGCCGCUCCGCUGCCCCAGUCCUUCUGGGCUUCCUGUCCCCAGGCCCAGCAGCACUGCCCCCUCUUCCUCAAGGCGUCGCUGCAUCUGCACGUGACCUCCGUGCAGUCAGACGAGCUCCUGCUGUCGAAGCUGUCGCACCCCCUGGACUCGAGCCGCACCUCCGACGUGCUGAGGUUUGUGCUGGAGCACUACAACGCGCUGUCGUGGCUGUCGUGCGAUCCGGCCACCCAGGACCGCCGCUCCUGCCUGCCUGUGCACCUCGUGGUGCUCACACAGCUCUACAACACCUUCCGCACGUUGCUGUAGCAGCACCCCCUCCGCUCUGCCUGCCCCACGGAACUCUACGAGACCCCCGGGAGGAGUGGGUGUGGGGUGGGAGUGGGUGGCAGGGGCGUUCGCGUCGCUCCACCCACCGCUCCUCCACCGCUUGGCGCCCGCCGGACGUGAGCCGGACGGCCGGCCGGCGACGAGGCGGAGAGGGACGCAAAAGAAACAAACGGGGACCUCUGCCGACAGAAUUGUGCGCGCGUGGAUGAUGUCGGGUGAAGAUGAAGAAGAUGGGUGAUGAUGAUGAUGAGGACCGCGAUGACGAUGAUGACCGCGAUGACGAGAAAAAUCGGUGGAAGUGGGGGGCGUUGAUGAAGUACGAUGUGUUCCCCCCCCGAUUUCCGAUCGGACAUGAUGGCGGGGGUGGUGGUGUGGGCGGUGGGGGGUGGUGUUGGUUUGUGAGCAUCAGUGCAACGGGAAGAAAGAGAUGCUGGAAUUUUUUGCGUCAUCCUCUCUCCCGACCGCCCGUCCGCAAGAUCUUUGUCCCCCUCGCAAGCCAAUCAAAACAGCCAGCCGUUGAGGACCCCAGCGAUGUGCCAAGACUGCUUUACCUACACAAGUGUUAAACAAACAAACAAAAACCGUCUGUUGUCCCCUUGGCCGUUCACUCCCUCGCCCAGUCGCCCUCGUGGGGUGGAAAACAAAAACUAAAAAUGAUGACAAACGAGAAUGCAAAUUCUUCAGCUCGUCUCCUCCCUCUUUUUACUCUUCACUCAGCUCACCGUUGUCCGUUUGCGUGACGCUAAAGCUAAAAAGAUUAUGAUGACGAUCCCGCCGCCGUCGUUGAGCGAUUCUCCGGUCGUUGGUGUCCACGGUGACGAUCCGGUGGAAAAAUUGGACAAAACCGCGAUUGCGAUUUUGUCCAAUUCCACACACCCCCCUCCUCCUCGCUUACGUUUUGUACAAAGCGCUGUUCAAUGGCGCUCUAUUACGCGACGCUAACAAACAAAACUGCCUUUUGGGUUUCGAGGUCCGCUUCUUAAGUGGACCUACGUUUAAUGGUCUGUUUCGUUGGCAUUAAAAUAAAUGAAUUCCUUUAAAGGGUUACUUUUAAAUCGGCGAAUGAGUGGAGUUUCUCCCGAUGAGCGAGAGGUCUCUCCUGCGGGUUUGUACAAAAGCGUCGGCACGUUAUAGGCCUCUUAUUUUUUAAGGCUUCUUCAAACUUAAAAGAAAAUUAGGCCGCUUUUCAUGAAAAAUAAUAAUGAUUUAUUAUUGAUUUCUUUGCCCGUAAAGUUUUUGAUUGCUGUGCGAGCUGAGCUUUUAAGUGGAGGGGGGGGGCGAGAUUGAAGCAAAAUGACAAUGAGAGCGAGAGGAAGAGGAGAGGGGGGAAGAUGAUGGGGUUGGGUGCACGAGGGAGUGAUGGCGAUGGGGGACCCCCCCAAUCUUUACCCCACGGCCCCCUCUUGGAAGACGGAAGUGGCAGUGGUCCUUGCCAUGAGCACCCCCACACACACACCCCCACACGCACACCCACACACACACCCACACACGCACCCACACGCACACCCCCACACACACACACACCCACACUCGCUCACACCGCUCAGUAUUGUCGCGCGGCCCACCGGAUGAAGGCGGCCAUCUUUGUAAUUAGUACUGUACAGUGUAUACAGAUCAGAUGACUUAACGGGACAAUGAUGAUGAUGUGUUUUUUUUGUGGGGUGAUAAUGGAUUGUGAAAGAGUGAUGGCUUUGGGGGGUGGGGGGGGUAUGUGCUUGGGUGGGGAGAUGGGAUAUGGAAGGGGGGUGGGAAUGGGGGGGGGGGUUGUGGGUAAUUAUUAAAAAAACUCAAGUGAAAUUAAAAAAUAGGAGAAGAAAAAUAUACAAAAAACUUUUAAUUUACUGGACUAUUUUCGUAAGCAGAUUUUAAAAAAAAGAUACAAAUUUGACAUAUGCUUUUUUCUCAAAUAUAUUAAAGAAAAGUUUUAAAAAAUGUAAAAUUGUAUACAAUGUUUAAAACUUUUAGUGUUUUUUCAUACGACUCUGUAACAAUUUUCAUCCUUUUUUGUAGCCCUCGAUUGGGGGGUGGGGGUGGUGGUGGGCGUCUGGCCCACGAUGGCUCUGCUCAGAGACCCCCGCGGAUUCUCCUGCUCCUCGUUCCUCCUCUCAUUUUUAAUCGACUUGCGCCCCCCCCCUGACGUCUCUUACUUUUCCUUUGAAGCAAAAUGAAAUCGAGAGAGAGAGGGGGGGGGGGAAGACCUUUAUUAUUUAAACGUUUUAAGUUAAAAAAAAACAAAAAAGUUUUUUUUUGGUCGGAAUAUUUAUAGAAAAAAAUGUGUGUUCUUAACCUAUUGAAAAAGGUAAAAAAAAAGAAGCUUAUAUUCUCUAAAUGACUACGAAUCUUGAGCCAGAGAGCGAGCGAGCGUGCUUCAAGGCAGCACGCCGUGAAGAGCUAGAAAAAGGGGGGGCGUGGG